GGAGUGAGGCAUUUUCAAAGUGCAGUCAGCUCAGAGUAUUUCUCUCUCUAACUUUCUCUCUCCUCUCCACUGCGGCGAGAAGUGCAGAAAAUGCAGCGUUUCAUGGAUUUGCAGGAGAAUUCGGAGUUGUCUGAGACCAAUUCAUGGCUUUCAUCGAAAGAGCACGCGUUAGCUUCCGGUGCGGCGCCCAAUACUAAUGUGGAUCGCGACCUUUACAACGACCUCGUCGGCAUUGUCCCUCUCGUUCAGUCACUCAUCGAUCGUAAAGCGAACAGUUCGUUCACGCGGCAUGGUUCCAUGAUCUACACCAAGACACCUACAAGAGAAUCGUUGUCUAAAAGAGUAACGGAUACUAAAAGUAGGAAUGUUGCCCAAUCUAUUCCUGCCAAAAAGAAAAGGGAUCAUGGAGAAAAAGAACAAGGAAAAACUGGUGGCAAUGACACUGAUGCUUAUUCCACAUUUUCUUCAAGAGACAGUGAAGAGUUGAAUGUGUUGAAGGAACAGGUAGAGGAACUUCAGAGGAAAUUGUUGGAGAAAGAUGAACUUCUAAAGUCAGCAGAAAACACAAGAGACCAGUUGAAUGCUUUUAGCGCAAAACUUGAUGAGCUGAAGCACCAGGCUUCAGAAAAGGACACGUUACUGAAGGUUACACAACAGCAGCUCUCUGAUGCUAAAAUUAAGCUCGCAGACAAGCAAGCUGCUCUUGAAAAGAUACAGUGGGAAGCUAUGACAUCCACCAAGAAAGUAGAGAAACUUCAAGAUGAGCUAGGUUCCAUGCAAGCGGAUAUUUCAUCAUUCACGUUAUUACUGGAAGGAUUAUCAAAAACUGACACUGCUAAAUACACCGACAAUUAUGAUGUGAAGCCUUAUGAUUUCAGUCAUCUGCCAAGUAUUGAUGAUUUGGACGAGAUGGAUUUACAGGAAAUGGAAGAAGCAAGAAAAGCUUAUAUGGCUGCUGUUGCUAUUACCAAGGAAAGACAAGACGAGGAAUCUAUUGCGGCUGCUGCUAAUGCUAGGUUACAUCUUCAGUCAUUUGUUUUCAAAUCCAAAGAUUUUAACCUGUAAAGUCACUAGUUUUAUUUGAUGUCUACACGUUAUGUCCCUUUAGUCAAAAUGGUAAGGCACUUAUCCUGUCUUAGGGAGAUUGAUUUUCUUACAA